CGGUUGAGACCGUCAAGAUUGAAAGGCCUGCAUGUUUUGAACAGCGGAAUGACCUCGAGAUGGAAAAUCAGGAAACCGAUGAGUUGCUAAAUGAGAAGGAACCCCUCGAUGAAGAAGGCCAAUACGUGCUUGCUCCAGAGAAGAAACCAUCGAAAUUGUUGUCCUGGAUUGCCGUCAACAUUAUUGCCACUACAGCCAUCGUCUUCAUCAACAAGUCCAUCUUCGACGACCCUUCCUUCCGUGGAGCCCAGGUCUCUUUUGCAACCUUCCACUUCCUCGUCACGUUUGCCACUCUUCAUACUGUGUCAUCGACGAGAUUCGGCUUUUUCGAUCGAAAGCGAGCAGCACUUCGGGACAUCCUUCCGCUUGCCGCAGCUAUGUGCCUGAAUGUCAUCCUCCCGAACCUCUCUCUCGCCUACUCGUCUAUCACCUUCUACCAAACCGCCAGAGUCUUACUGACGCCCAUCACUGCGUUCUUGAACUACGUUCUGUACCAGAAGACCAUCCCAAGAAAAGCUGUAUGCGCUCUGGUUCCUGUGUGUGCUGGCGUGGCUAUGGUGACCUACUUUGACGUUAGGCCUGGAUCCACGAGCAAAGGGACAAGCUUUUACGGUGUCGUCUUCGCCAUGAGCGGCGUUCUCAUGAGCGGUAUCUACACAUGUUGGAUUGGCCACUAUCAUCAUAAGCUCCAGAUGACAAGCUUACAAUUACUCCACAAUCAGUCGCUGCUUGGAGGAAUAUUGCUCAUAUACCUGAUACCGUUUGUAGAUACUCUGCCAGUCUUUAGCGAAGUACCACUGCAUCGCUGGAUCAUGAUCUUGAUGAGUGGUCUCUGUGCAUGCCUCCUCAACCUCUCUCAAUUCGCGAUCAUCGCCGGGGCAGGUCCGGUGGCCAGCACUGUGGUGGGUCAUUCCAAGACCGUCACUAUCGUGACUUUGGGUUGGAUAUGGACUGGUAGCGCCAUCAGCGGCUACAGUAUACUCGGAGUCGUGAUAGCGAUGGCUGGUGUCAUCUUUUACUCCACGGCAACAACCAUGUACAAGAAA